AAAAACGUAAGCAUGAAUAAAGUGAAAUAAAUAAAUAUAUUUUCGUACACAAAGCCGGCGUUAAUGGCAAGCUAACCAGAGUGAAAUGGCUUUUCUUCAACUAAUUCCCUCUUUGUCGCUCUCUCACAGAGCCGCUUUAAGUUUAAACCCAGCUGCUAUUCCCUCUCCCCUACGUCCAAUCCCUGCAGUAUUUUCUAAGAGAACCCAUUCCCUCCGCAGAAACCGCAACUCUCUCCGGUGCUCCUCCUCCUCUUUCUCCGAGAAGUACCACACUAAUCCUCCGAAAUCAAACGAUGUCGUGGAGCUCCCUAUUUUCCCCCUGCCGCUCGUGCUGUUCCCGGGCGGGAUUCUACCCCUACAGAUCUUCGAGUUCCGGUACCGUAUGAUGAUGCACACUCUCCUCCAGACCGAUCUCCGCUUCGGUGUCAUAUACUCCGACGAGUUUUCGGGUACUGCUGACGUCGGAUGCGUCGGAGAGGUGGUCAAACACGAGCGCCUCGUCGACGACCGGUUCUUCCUCAUCUGCAAGGGCCAGGAGCGGUUCCGAAUGACCAACCUCGUACGCACCAAGCCUUACCUCGUCGCAGAGGUGACGUGGCUGGAGGACCGGCCAUCAGGGGACGGGGAAGAGGAUCUGGAGACACUGGCGAACGGGGUCGAGGCGCACAUGAAGGACGUGAUUCGGCUGUCGAACCGGCUAGGCGGGAAGCCGGAGAAGGAGGCAAUAGACCUACGGAGGAACCUGUUCCCGACGCCGUUUUCGUUCUUCGUUGGGAGCACCUUCGAGGGUGCUGCGAGGGAGCAGCAAGCCUUGCUUGAGUUGGAGGACACCGCGGCGAGGCUGAAGAGGGAGAAAGAGACCUUGAGGAACACGCUCAAUUACUUGACGGCGGCCUCGGCGGUUAAGGACGCGUUUCCCUCGUCGUAAUCUGAGAGGGCAUGUGGCAAAACUAUGCAUUGUUUUCCUUCCGCUGCUUGUUGCAUCCCUCAUUGGCAUCUCACUGGUUAAUGACUAUUGGCACCAUUGGCAAGAUGUAUUUGCUGGAGGUGUUCUAGGUGUGUUUUUGUAUCAUCACUUAGAAAAUGAAAUUUAAAUUUUCAAUAUAAGAAGGCAGGGCAUGCGAUGCAAAGGUGCUAUAAGGAAUGCACAUUCUUACCUGCCAUAAUUUGGCUUCAACACCUUCAACAGAUGCAGCCCCUUUCUUUAUCUCUUCUGCUAGUUUCUCUACAUGUCCAUACAUGGAAUAGUACCUGUAGCAGCAAAAAAAAUAAAAUAAAAAAUAGAACAUAUAGAUUAUGAGAGUUGUAUGAUAAUCAGUUCCUACAGUAGCAAACUGGAGAAUAGAGUUUUACCAUGACAUCUGAUGAAAAAUACUAACUUGCUUUUAGUUCAAGGGAAAAAUUGAGAGUACAAAUAAUUAAAAGAAUCGUGAUUACUUGCAAGUCUCUGGGAAAAACAACUUGCUCAGAUUUUGACCUCUAAUGGAUUGCUGAGUUGGAAGUAUUGAUCCAAAACAAAUUUCUUCAACU